AUGGGAUCAGAGGAAAGGGAGCGGCUUUGGAGAAGGGUGGUAGUUGCUAAGUUUGGUUUGGGUAGGGGGGAGUGGUGUUCCAGUACGGUGGGUCUUUCUCAUGGUUGUGGUGUGUGGAAAGGGAUUUGGUUAGGUCGGGAGGCUUUUUGGAGAAGGGUGCGGUUGAAAGUUGGUGUGGGGGAUCGGGUUCGUUUUUGGAGGGAUAGAUGGUGUGGUGAUUUGUCUUUGGAGUUUAAAUUCCCUUUGAUCUUUGCUAUUGCAGCUGAUUUGGAGGUGUUGGUUGCUGCUGUCAAGUUUGGGGAGGGGCAAUCGACGGUGUGGAAUGUGCAAUUGCGUCGCAAUGUUCAGGAUUUGGAGCAAGAUCAGUUGGUGGAACUUUUGGAUUUUUUAUAUGGAUCGAACUUUGUGAGGGAAGGUCAGGACUCUUUGGUUUGGGAUUGUCCUAGAUCCAAAGAUAUUUUUACGGUGUCUUCUUUUUAUGGAAGGCUUGUUCAGGAUGGAUUUGCACAGGAUGUUGCUAGGGUUUAUCCCUGGAGUGGUGUUUGGUUGUCGGGUUCGCCUUCAAAGGUUGCCUUUUUUGUUUGGUCAGCAAGUUUGGGUGGUGUCUUGACCAUUGAUAAUUUGAUUCAUCAGGGGCAUAUUUUGGUCAAUUGGUGUUGUUUGUGUGGUAGGGCAGCAGAAUCAGUUGACCAUUUGCUUAUGCUUUGCCCGGUCUCGUCUCGCCUUUGGAUGCUUAUGAUUGCAGUUUUUGGUUUAGUUUGGGUUCAAUCAGGUUCGGUGCUCACAGUUGUGCAAAGUUGGGCAGGAGGGCGGGUAGGACGACGACGUCGGAAGGCUUGGCUUCUUGCGGCGCACUGUUUAAUGUGGAUAAUUUGGUUGGAGCGUAAUAGGCGGGUGUUUCAUGGAGUGGCUCACUCCAUUUCUUGGUUAGAGAGACGGCUUCUUAUAGUUUUGUAUAGCUGGGUAGAUCCAGAUGUGUUGGCUUUUGUAGAUUUUGUAGAGGAUUUGACUUGUUAA